AUGGCGUGCCUUGCACAACAGGACGCAGCCCAGAAGGCGGCGACCGACCAAAUCGCGGCACUCGCAAAAAUCUUAGCUCCUCUCGCUGCGAACGUGGAAGCCUCAACGGCGCAGUACGGAAGACAUCUGUUAAGCACAGAGAGAGGAACCGGGGCGACGCCGGCGCACGCUGAAGACCAAGAUGUCAACGACGGCUAUACGACUCAAACCCCUGGAGGCCUCGACGCGCAGACCAUAAACGAGCUCGCCGCGUUAAAACAGUCAGUGGUCGAUAUAAACUCUAAAAUCCACAACGUGACUACGUCUGCUCCUCAGAUCGAGUGUGUCCUCGCAGAAUCUCUCUCGACACUGUUUACAGAAAAAAUAAUUGGGGUCCGACUCCGAAAAAUGGACAAGUUCCGUCUUCCGACCUUCGACGGCGUUUCCAACCCUUCUGCCCAUGUCACGUCCUUCAAUAUCGCAAUGCGCCGCGCGAAUCUCUCUGACGAAGAAAAAGACGCUGGCUUUUGUCAGCUUUUCGUCGAAACCCUAGAAGGAAUCGCUCUCAACUUGUUCACCGGCCUUCAAGAAAACUCGUCAACAGAAGCCACCGCUACGGAUCUCUGGAACCUCAAUCACGCCAAUGGGCAAAGCCUCCGAGAUUUCAUGGAGAAGUUUAAAUUCGUUGUCUCAAAAGUCGACAUCCCGGACCACAUAGCUGUGGAAUCAUUGAUGAACACCCUCCAUAUCAAAUCGCCAUUUCGAGCCGACCUUUAUCGGCACCCGACGAGAUCCGUGCCGGAUGCUAUCGCUCGAUCCAACAACUUCAUCCGUAUGGAGGAAGACACUAGGGCAAAGGCGGCGAAAGAGGCGGCAGGAAAACAAACGCCCGCCCGGACGAACGACACCCGUCAGGAGCCGCGUCAACAUUCUACGGGCAGCAAAACCAACUAG